AAAUCAGCCAUCGAUGCAGUCGCCAUUUUGGUUCGUUCCACGAGGCCGGCCAGCAAAUCUGACCUUUCGGUGGUAGAGGCCUGUCCUUGAGUAGUCCACCAUCAUGCCGACUACCCUACCACCCAAAGAGAACGCUCUGUUCAAAAGAAUACUGGUAAGUUUUUGUUAAGGCUUCUAAUAGCAUUGGUACUCCGAGAGAUCGCUUCUUAUGACUGGAGCACGCCUUGUCGAUUUCACGGCGCGUGUUCACUUCCUCGUUACGGUGUUUUUGCAGAAAUGCUACGAACACAAGCAGUACAAAAAUGGGCUGAAAUUCGCCAAGCAGAUCCUUUCCAAUCCGAAGUUCUCGGAACACGGAGGUUUGUGAAUUGUUUACGUUUGAUCCGCAUGUAAAUCGAUUUGUACAACCUGUGUACGUAUUACUUAGUGGCCAUUGAUAAGCUGACAUUAAAACGUUAUCUGCACUCUGUCGACUUCUUUAGAUCGUUGACUGUGCGUUUUACGUGGUCUUUAACUUAGAAUUUCUUUUAUUGGUAAUGCAGAAACGUUGGCAAUGAAAGGCUUGACUCUCAACUGCUUGGGGAGAAAGGAAGAAGCUUAUGAAUUUGUCCGACGAGGUUUGCGAAAUGACCUUAAGAGUCAUGUGUGUAUCCUUGUCAGGUUUUGAAAUUACAUGUGAAAAUUGUUACAUUAACUUCAUCGUGAAAAAAGCCGCAAAGAUAGUUACUUGGUAAAAGACCAAUUAGAUCGCAUAGUUUACUCGCGUGUUUGUUUUUUGAGCUUCAGGUGUCCUUGAGCCAAUUACAUGAAUCAUGUGACACACUCCAAAGUAACAGGGUUACAUUGUAGCGUCUUGUUUCACCUUUUCACACAACUUGUUGUUGCUUCAUGUAUGAUUUUCUACCUUGAGGGUUUCAUUUGAAUUGUGAAAACAUGGCUAUUUUUGCAGUUUUAUUCAUAACCGUUUUUUCAGUUUCAUUGAUGCCAAUGUUGUGCACAUUUUCGAAUUUAUUGCCAAAAAGUCAUUUCUUUCAUUAUACAUGGUCUAUACCAGUGAUGGCAGCUAAAGGUAGAUUUUAUCUUGCAAAUAUCCACUUUUGAGUAAUGAAGCAAAAUGGUUCAGAACAGUAAGGGCACAAGUCUUCUAAAAUUAUAUCUGAAUUAUUGCCAAUAAGUUGGAAUCUUCAUUGCUGGCAACUAGAUUGCUCUGACUUAAUGCCAACAGGCAAGUAGAAUAGAAAAAAAAACCCAAAGAAAUUAAAGGAAGUCUGUUUUUUUCUUGUUAAAUAGUGGCUAGUGUGGUAGACAAAAACAAUUUAUUCAGGCACUGUUCAUACUGCAUAUUAAGGAGUUAACAGUCUUCCUUUUCUUUAAUUGUGUAAAGACUUCAGAGGGAAUAUGUAAUACCCAUAAGAAUAGAAUUCCAAGUACCUUGAAUUAUUCUAAAUACUGAGUGGUAAGAUCAUUAAUGUCCAAACUAUUUGAAUGUAUUUUUGUUUCUUUCCACAUCCUCACUCUCUUCCUUUUCACCAAUUCACUCAAGGUUGAUACAGACCUGGACUAUGCACUCAUGGCUGGAAAGCCACAUGGGUGAUAUCUCUCUAAGAGCUGACUAGUCACAGUGAAAGUCUUGGAAACUAAUUUCCAGUUAUCUCUCUUGUGUGCAAUUAAAGCAGCCAGCUUAAUAUGGAUCAUUUUAUAGAUAGACAUGUGUCAGGACUUGUGCAUUUGUACAUGUAAGAGUUACAUUUUCUUGUUGUGUUUUGUCACUUUUACCUUGACUGUGAGAUAGGUUGGCAUGUUUAUGGACUGUUACAAAGAUCUGAUAAAAAAUAUGAUGAAGCAAUCAAGUGUUACAGGAAUGCACUGAAAUGGGACAAGGUUGGUAUCAGGCUUAUAGAAACUGGUUGAAUUUUAUGUAUAAUUUUUUCCUUUCACUUUGCUAAGCAUAUGUACAACUUUAUUUUAUUAUUUUAUUUUAUUUUUUUGUUGGGGGUCGGGGGUAUCUAUGCACAUAUCUUUACUGUUCAAUGUUCCAUUUUUCAAAUAUGGAAUUUUCUCCAGGAGGAAAGUUAUUGCUUAAACAAUUUAAAUUUGUACCAGUAAUAACACAUUUACAUGUACUUGCAUACCCAGGUGGAAAUCUUAUUAAGAUCUUACUAAGAUUCUUGUAAGUUUCUUACUAAGAUUCUUAUUAAGAUUCUUAAUUAAGAAUCUUGUAAGACCUUACAAGAUCUUGUAAGAUCUUGUCACAAGAUUCUUACAAGAAUCUUGUAAGAUCUUACAAGAUCUUGUAAGAAUCUUGUAAGAUCUUACAAGAUCUUGUAAGAAUCUUGUAAGAUCUUACAAGAUCUUGUAAGAAUCUUGUGGUAAGAUCUUGCCAGAUCUUGCAAGAUUCUUGUAAGAAUCUUGUGACAAGAUCUUACAAGAUUCUUGUAAGAAUCUUGUGACAAGAUCUUACCUGAUCUUGUAAGAUCUUACAAGAUUCCUGUAAGAAUCUUGUGACAAGAUCUUACCAGAUCCUAUAAGAUUCUUAACUUAGAGUCUUGAUAAGUAUCUUAGUAAGAAACUUAGAAGAAUCUUACAAGAUCUGGUAGGAUUCCUGUGACAAGAAUCUUAAUUAAGUACCUUCACAAGUUUUCAAAAGAACUUGUUAAGAUUCUCAACAAUGUCUUAAUGAUCUCUAAAAGAACUUACAAGAACUUGUGAGAUUUUCAAACAACUUACAAGAAUUUUUGCAGAAUCUGUAAAAAUUCUUAAAUAUCACAUUUUUUUCAGACCAUAGUAGGUAACUGAUGGUUUAUGCAAUAUGCAGUAACUGGAUGAUCGAGGAAUGGAGAUCACAACUAAGAAAGAAUUUCUUCAUCCAACAUUUAAGCAAAAUUUAUUUCAAAUUCUCAACACUGUGAAAUUAAUUACUAAAAAAGAUCCUGAUAAGAAACGUUAACUGGUAAACAUGCACGAUUUAAAUGACAAUUGUACAAGAGGAGUUCUUGUUCUUCCCUUCGGUGUGUUUUAAAAAUCUAAAAAACAAUUGUUUUAACUGUUGGAGUCAUUUGACAGUUUGAUUUGAACUACCAUAGUUACCUUUCACAAAAAAGCCAUAAUAACUAAAGGCAUGUCCCAGUUUUAAAUUGUUCUUUGUUUGAUUCAACUGAAAUAGUUUUUCUUUUUUUAGAGUAAUUUAAGCAUGAAAACAAAACAAACAACAACAAAAUUUUGUAUUGCAGCAAAUGUGUUCAAAGAAUUAAAGCUCACUAUCACUCAUCUAAGUUGGCAUUUUAGUCAAUUUGACAGCUACUUGACAAGUAAAUUUGCAUAUGUUUCAAUUUUGUACAAAUAUCAACCAAGCCUUAGUUCAUUCAGUCUACGGACUUGUCAACAUUGCCCUAUACAUUUUGAACUUUUCUCUUGGAAUCCAAGCAAUUUUUUUAUUCAAGUAGAGCCUUAUUUGAGACCAUCUCUUAUUCAUUUGGGCAUCACCAAAUUUCUGUUUUAUGGCUCCUGUGGGAAGAAAAAAAGAAAAUAGUAAUUUGUAUACAGGUACAAAAUAUACUAAAACCUUGAGAGCGUAUUUUUUAAAAUCCCUGCCAGAGAGGAGUAAUAGGAGUUUGGUUUCAUUGUACAUCUAAAAUGAAAUGUAACAUGUUAGGAGACAAGAAUCAAGAUUGGAAAAAAAACCCUCAGUGUUUAAAUAAUUAAGUAUCAUAAUCUAUUGUCUGCAGUAGAAUUGUUGCUCUGACUUCAAUUCCAUCUUUCAGUAGCCUGACUUGUGAGGAGUACUUACUAAGAUAGAGGGGAGGAGCUUCUCAAUGGUUCUCCUUGAUCACCAUCAUGCCUCAUCUGUAUGCAAAGAAAAGGAGGUAGUGACUAUCUUUAACAAGAAUUUAUCAUCUUUAAGAGCAAAAUUUUUAUGUACAAGUUCCCAGUUAUGAAUCUUGGCAAUUUGCACUGCCCAACUCCAAUCCAACAAACUUUGUUUACGCUUUGCACUGCUGAAACAGCUAUUCCCAAUUCCCACAAAAAGUUGAUUAAUGAAAAAUUACCUUUUUACAAUCAGAGGAGCUGCCACCCUUCUAUCCCAUUCUGUGCUUGUAGCAUUAAGAUGGGACUCAAAGUCUACUUUAUUCAGGAUACAAUCAUUUUUACAGGUGAUCCUAUCUCUCCAGUUCUCCUGUGAAUAUGAAUUGAAAAAAUGUUUACAUUUGUUGAGCAAUCCCUCCACUGAAUUAAGUUUCAUUAACCUUUAGAACAAAGAAAAUUGUGAGAAAGGGAAACAAGGAAUCAUAAAUCAGCAUUAAAUGAAAACCAGAAAAAAAAUACACACACAUUCACAAAACAAAACAUAAAAACUAAACAGAACCAAACAAAAUACAAAAAAUGUUGCAUGGAAUUAAUACAGGUAUUGAAUGUAUUAGAGUAAAAUUAACAGGAUAACACUGCCAAAAUUCUGCCUUAAGCCAUCUAAGUCAAUGAAGUCUUGAAGGAGGGGGGGGAAUGAACUAUCAUGUACCAACAUUGAGUAUUUAGAGUUCUUACAUCAUCAGAAGAACUUCCCAUUUUUUGGUAAUUUUUGUUUGCUUUGGGAAGAUUUCCACUACUGUGGACACGGCCGUGAUAAUCAAACCCAGUUUGGCUUUCAUCAUCAUCCUCACCAGUGGAAACUUUUAAGUAGAACGUGGCAAUUUAUAAUUCAUUAUUUGGGAAUAAAGGAAUUCCAUAAUCGAUUUCGCGUUGUUAUUGCACCCUUCUAGUUUAACUUCUAGUGGUUAUUAGUAAAGCCGAAGACAAAUUAAUUGUUUAUUGUGAACCAUUUCCAUGCGAGACGACUGGAAGCUACGAUGAUUCUGCCUACAACACUUAAAUCCAGAACAAUCUGGAUUAAAACUGACUUGAGAGAAUUGCUACAAGUGCAGUAAGGUUAGCAGCCGCCGUUACGUGGUUUUGAUGAUGAUAGCGUUACAUCUCGUGUCAGUUUCCACUCAAUUCUAAACAAAAACGCUUCCUGACGAAAUCGAACCCUAACGAGAUUUUAUGAUUUGCCUUGUAUAAAAAUACCGUGGCCUUGCAAUUACAUAAACUUAUCGUCACUUUUUUCGUCCAUGCUGAAAGAAUCUAAAAAGUGCGAGAAAUAAGUCUAUCGCAUCACCUUCCAGAUGUAUAAUGUUGAUAACGUGAACUUAAUGAAUAAAAGUCAGUUGCACUUACCUUCGGGAUGAUUUGCCUUCAUUUGCUUCAUUACCAGUCGUGCACUAGUGGUUUUUUUAGAAAUCUUCUCAAGGUACUUAAACUACCAAGACCAAUGUGUUCCUUGAGUUAUAAAGCGAGUGUCGUGCACAAUCAUACGUGUGCUUUCUAUGUGCUUAGAUGUGUAAACUAUUCACCUGAGGCCCCUUCACGUGACAGAAUAAAACAAGGAUAUCGCAACCUUGAAUGUGUAAUCGUAGUGUUCUUUCCCAAGAAAAGCAAAACGCGAUUUAUCUCCUCUGGUGUGCUGUAAACUCAUGUUACUUACCGACUGCGUUAUUUUCUGUAUUUUAAGCGACAGUAACAUUAGUUAUUUUGUAAAGAACUUGGCUUGUAAAAUCCUAAUUCUCGAGAUCAUUAUUCUUCUUCAGGGCUUUAGACACAAUUAAAUUUCACAACGAGGUAGAUAACACUCAACCAAAGUAAAAUUUCUGUAAAACUUUGCGAAACGAAAUGGCGCGAGAACGGUUGACAACAACGGUCGAGUGAACAAUUUGUAAUUUUGCGCCGACCGUGGAAGGGAGACUGGGGAAAACCUUAGUGAAAGUACAAAAUGUCACGCAACUCUCGCAAGUAUUUUGUAAGUAACUACCUAUAAACUUUUUAAAAUACUUUUAAUUUCUGCCAUCUGACCGGUCUGCAAAUUUCCGAUGUUUAUUUGUUAUUAUUUUGUAAAGAAUUUGGUCGGUAAAAUCCUAAUUCUCAAAAUCAUUCUUCUUCUUUAGGGCUGUAAGGCACAGUUAAAUUUCGCAACCAGGCAGAUAACACUCGACCAAUGUAGAAUUUCUGUCAAACUUUGUCCGAAACGAUAUGAUGCAAAAAAAAAAAAAAACAGUUAACAACAACGAUCAAGUGUACAAUUUGCAAUUCUGCGUAUGCGCAGUGGCGUGGAAUGCCUUGGUGAAAGUACAAAUUUCAUGUAACUUUCUUGAAAAAUAUUUUUACAAGUAGCUAGCUAUGAAUUUUUUUUUAAUUACAUCUUUUCACUCUGCCAUCUGGCUGGUCUGCAUACUGCCAUAUUUUUUUUUCUGAACCAUAUCAGCGAAAGUCUCUUGCUUGUGGAAUGUGGUGACAUUAUCUAUGGGUGUCUUUAUGUUCAAGGCAAAGAUGGGAAGGUUUAAUCCCUUUCUAGACACUCCCUAUGAACAUGAUUAGUGAUUAUUUAAACUAGCUGUUCAGUAUAUUUCAUAAUCAAUCAUCAAAUGUAAUCUGAAAAGUCUGUCCAAAUUUAAUCUGCUGAUAUCAUAAUUCCAGUGGAACAAUUACCUCUUUAGAAAGCAGCUGCAUGUAUAUUGUGUUCUCAGGUCUGAAAUUUGCACACCAUACCAUAGAAGCUUACUUGACGUUAUGUGAUCCCCUUUUGGACAUGGCAUUUUUCACAUCAUGUGUGAGAGGUUUUAAGCCUUAUGCAUCCCCAUGCUCUCUUAUGAACAGAACAGGAUAAGCAUUUCAAGUUACUCAAGAAUGUACUGGAAUAAACUUGAUAAAAUCUUGUCAAGAACAUUUAAAUUCCUACUGAUCUUAAAAUUUUGAUUCUUACAAAACUCUUAGAUGAACUUUAGAUGAAAUCCUGUCUAGAAUCUUAAUGUUACAUUUACAGAUCUUACUUCAUUAUUAAGAUUCUUAAACAAACUUACCAAGAUCUUGUCAAGAAGCUUGUAAGAUCUUCCUUUUCUUAAAGAUUAGGAUUCUUACAACUGAGAUUCUUAAGUGAACUUUAUAUGAUGUUGUUAAGAACUUUCAAGAUCUUAAUGCCCAUGUGUUGUAAAAUUUUUUUUAGGAUUCUUAAAAGAUUCUUAAAUAAACUUAAUAAGAUCUUGUUGAGAACCUUUCAAGAUCUUAACCCCCAUUUCUUGUAAAAUUUUGUGAGAUUCUUACAAGAUUCUUAAAUAAACUUAGUAAGAUCUUGUUAAGAACCUUCCAAGAUCUUAAUCCCCAUGUGUUGUAAAAUUUUGUCAAGAUUCUUACAAGAUUCUUGUAUAAACUUAAUAAGAUCUUUUAAGAUCUUACAAUGCUCAAACCUGGUUAAGAUUUGUUCAAGAAUUUGGCAAGAUCUUAUUAAGAUUAUUAAUUCUUAAUAAGAUCUUAGUAAGAUCUUCAUCUUAAUUGCCAUCUUAUAAGAUUCUUACAAGAUCUUCCAAGAUCUUACAAGAUCUUCCAAGAUCUUAAUAAGAUUUCCACCUGGGUAACCAGAUCUUUUGUUUUCUUUUAGGAAAAUAUCCAAAUAUUGAGAGAUCUGUCACUAUUGCAGAUUCAGAUGCGGGAUUUGGAGGGUUACAGGGUACUGUAUGAAUAUCAAAUUUCCAAAGCUUAUAACUUCAUUUUAACUUACACAUAAACUUAAGAGUGGUUUUUACCUGUACCAACAUACUUGCUGAAUGGUCUUGUCAGCCAUGAGUCUCCAAAAGAUUAGUGGAGAACAUCUGAAAUAUCACUCAGAAGGUCAUUCUUUAAAUUCUCAUAUUCCUGUUUUUAAUUCAUUUUUGUUUUGUUUUAGUGUAUUUGUUUUAUUUUAGCUUUUGUUGUGAGUUUUUGUUUUUGUGGUUGUUGAUUAAUAUUUGUUUGUUUGUUUGUUUUUUUUUUAUUUAUUAAAUAUUUGCUGCAGGAAACUAGAUACCAGUUGCUGAAACUCAGGCCAGGACAGAGGGCUUCUUGGAUUGGAUAUGCUAUCUCCUACCAUUUGCUGAAAGAUCAUGAUAUGGCAUUCACAAUUCUGGAUGAGUUUCGCAAAACUCAAAAUGUAAGGAUUCUCUUUCAGUGUUUUUUUCUUCAGUUCAAUCUCUUGUACAUUUGUACAUCAAUACACCUUACAAGUAUCCAGGAGCCAUAUGCUUAGAAGUAAUUAUUAACCUGAAAAAUGCCUUACCAUAAAAAAAUAGGUUAUUUGCAAGAUUGCUUAUUGGAAUGGUAACAGUUAACCCUGUGACCCCUAAGAAUGACUAGGAUCCAAGUUCUCCUUACAAUAUCACUUUUGAAUCAAACAUUGAGGUUAUGAGAAUAAAGGAAAUGAUCACCAACUGAAUAAGCUCUUGAUCAUAAUACAAAUUCUCCUUAUCAGCACCUUAGGAAUUGUAUAGAGAAUAUGCAUACUGAUGUUAGGUUGUAAGGGUUUAAUGGUAUAAUUGUGCAUUUACAUUAGAUUUCCUCCCCAAAGUAUGACAUUGAGCAUGGUGAGCUGCUCUUGUAUCAAAAUAUGGUGCUCAGAGAAGCUGGAAGACCUCAGAAGGCCUUGGAUCAGUUGACAAGCUAUGAACUUCUGAUGCAUGAUAAACUUGUGGUGCGAGAAAUCAAAGGUACAGUGCUUAUCUAACUUAAUCCUUUAACUCCUGUGAGUGAUGAUGACAGAAUUUCUCUUUACUUUAUUGAUAUAAUGUUAUGCAGACAGGUGACGAGAAUUAAGAAAAAUAUCAAUUAUUGGAUCACUAAUUGAUCUGAUACAGAAUUCUCCAAACUAACAUAAUGAGAAUCAUUUGGCAGACAGCAAGGAGAAUUACUAAUGAGAUCUCGGGAGUUAAAAGGUUAACUAGCUUGUAUGCAACUGUCAGGUUGUCAAAAUGUAAGAGGUUUAAAUUUUGAUAUAAGUCCAAGUGUUAUUAUGAUUAUUUUUUUUAAUGUGGUUGAAAUAGUUAUUUUUAACUACAUGUAUUUUUGGGAGUUUGUAUGACUUUGGCAAUGUUGUUUGAAAUUUCUUUUGAAAUAUUGCUAUUACUCUAAGUGAUGUUUUUAUCAGUGCUGACAAGUACUGCAUCUUUAUUAAUACUAGUGAAACUGUUAGAAGGGAAGUUAUUUGUAUGUAAAGAGAACUUUGAAACUUUCAGUUUCAGCAUAUUAUUUUGCCAUGAAUCUAUUAUAAUGUUAUUCAAUGUACAAGAGUACAAUUAAUUGGCAAAGUGUCAUUAAAAACCGCAAGGCUUAUUUUAAUGAACCUCCUCCUGAAAUGAUUUAAAAGCUAUUUUGAUCAAAUACAUAAAAUAGUUAUUUACAUCUACACAGACUUGAUAAAGCAGGAAACUAAAGAUUUAGCAGUUGAUAAGAAAAGUUUCUAAUUUAUCUAUAAAUGUAAAAAAGUUAACUUUAAUAUGAGCCUCAAAAAUGGUGCUGUAAUGGUGAAAGCCUCAAUUAAUAAACUCAGUGCAUAGCAUUUCUCUAACAAGUUGGGAAGUUACAUGUAGUGCAGGGCAUUUAGUGAUUGUGUCAUGGAAGCUAAAGUCACUCCACUAUUGCAUUACUCCAGGGUCUUUACUCCUUGAAUUAAAGCAGUUCAAGGAGGCAGAGAGAAUUUACAGAGACUUACUGCGGAGAAAUCCAGAGAAUAAGCAUUACUACCAAGAACUGGAAAAAGCAUUGCAGUUAGGUAAGUACAGAUAGUUAUGAUAAAUCCGAUUGUUUUUGUUUUUGUUUGCUUUUUUGCAAAAUUUGCCUCAGGUUUGAAGAGAAUGUUUACAAAGGUGUUGAACUGUCUGUAAAACAUUUUGUAAGAGUUACAUGGGGCACUUCAAUAAUCAUAGUAAUCGGACUGGAGUGAUACAAUGUUAUCAGCAUUUUUGUUACUGUGUUAAUGUUUUCACUAUAUUUGGAGGGAAGGGGGACUAACAAAUUCUUUAAGAAGUGUGGAAGUAUUAAAUGUAAGUCUACUUCUAAUUCUCUUGCAUCAAAGAAUAAACUAAGGUUUUUGUUUUUUUGUUUUAUGUGUAGAAAACCCAGAUGACCGAUUUAACCUGUACAUGAAGUACUCUGAGUUAUAUCCAAGAGCACAGGCCCCAAAGAGAAUACCACUUUCUUUUACAUCAGGUAUGGGAUAUGUGUAUAUGUGUAUCAUCCCUAGGAAUAAGUCAGUCAUGCAUGGUACUUUUGAGGCCUAUUUUCAACCUCCCCUCAGUUGAACAUAUAUUACAGGUACAGUAGAAGUAAUUGGGCUGGCCAAGUGAAACAAAGUAAAUGGACAAUGUUUUCCUCGCAGUUGACUGGCACCUGAAUAUGGGUAAUGUGAUGUUUGGUAGGCAGUUGAUUUUGUUGCAUCUUGGUCUGUUCCUACCCACUUCAUAGAUUUUCAAGGUGCAUCAUCUUGUAAUUGAAGCAAUAUUGUUUACAAACCUUGCCAACUGUGAAAUGUUUGAUUUUAAGAUGUAGAUUAUGAUCAUCCAUGAUUUAGUUCACUUUGCAAUCAAGAUCGGCUUGAGGUUGUCAGUCUGACAUACUGUAGUUUCACAUACCAGUUAUGUGUGAGAAAUGUGACUAACCUUUGUUCUGCCUUUUUUUAGGAGAAACUUUUGCUCAAUUAAUAGACAACUACAUGAGACCUGCAAUUCACAAGGGAGUGCCACCUUUGUUUAACAACAUCAGGACUUUAUACACUGAAAAGGACAAGGUAUUUGCGCCCAGAAGAUUUUAAAUAAUUUUUGUAUUGUUUGGAAAAGUUUCAUAAUUUACUGUAAAAAACACUGUCAGAAGCAAUCAGUGACUUAUCUAACAAAGUAGGAAGUGGAAAAUCAAGUUGAUAUGAAGCACGAUGUAUUUCUAGGAUUUUCAACUAGAGACUGAAUAAGCAAUAGAAUUAAAGGAGAAGUAAAUAUGUUUUGUGGGUGAGACAGUGACUGGCUCACAACUGACUGAGAGAUUAAUUGAAUGAAUGAAUGUUAUGUAUGACUCGCUGACUGACUGGUUGACUGAAUUGUUAAGUGGUUGACUAACUAAUCCACUGAAUAUUUGAUUGGUUAGUUUAUUGACUAAAUUGGCCAAGUUGAUUUCAAUAAAAAGCUUGCAAUAAUAAGUCUUCCAUCAUUCUUUACAGGUAAAGAUAGUUGAAAAUGUAGCCCUUGGGUAUCUGGACAAUCUCAAUACGUUUGGAACAUUGACAGGGAAAGGUAAGUGCUUUGUUAUAUUUUAUUAAGGUAAAGAUAUGUAAAUCCUGGAAAGCUCCUAUCAAAUGUAAUUCAUAGUACCACUCAAUUGUAAGCUGACAGUCUCAGCUGGAAACUCAAUCCUUGAUUCUGAAAACUUUUGAGAAUCAAUUUUCAAGGUCUUAGUGUUAAGUUUUGAUUUUCAUUCAUUGAGGAUUGAGUCUUGAGUAUCAAGUUUCAAUUUAUGAGACGUACUACUGACAGUGUACAUCAUGGCUCCAUUUGUUUUCCAGGUGGUGAUCUUGAGCCUCCCACAGCAAUCCUGUGGGUAUACCACUUCCUAGCCCAGCAUUUUGAUUAUCUACGGGACAGCAAGAAGGCUAUGGAGUACAUAGACAAAGCUCUGGAGCACACACCUACUCUAAUUGAAGCAUACAUGGUCAAAGCCAGGAUUUAUAAGGUAAUAAAAACUACUGUGAUGGCUUAAGUCUCGGUAAUGAGUCAUUUUUUCACUUGAAGAUAAUUUACAUGGUAGCAUGUGGAGCAGAUCUGCAGGAGGCAAAAUUUUACAUACAUUUGUAUGUAUGUAACAUUUGUAACAUGUUUAUUAACUUUAUACUAUAUUAUAUUAACUUAUAUUUUAUUAUUAUAAUUAUAUUAUCAUUAUUAUCUUAUAUUAACAUUAUAUUAGAUUAUAUUAUUAUAUUCAUCAUACUAACAUUAUAUGUAACAUUAACAACUGUAUGCUGGGUUUAAACCAAAGGAAAUGUUCACCAAUGGGUUCUGGAGGGUUCCUACAUCACAUCCCUUCCCCAUCCCCCCCCCUCCCCUUUGUUACUGCCACCUUAUGAGCAUGAGUAUGACUCAUGGAUUCCACUGCAAGAAUGUCUCUCUUCUUACCAUGGUUGGACUUACCUUGCCUCUUUUUUGAAUGAGCUUUUUUGCAUAAUCAUUGGUCAUUGCAAAUGUUAUUUCUUAGCAUGGUGGAGACAUGGAAAAAGCUGCACAUUGUAUGGACGAAGCACGCUCUCUUGACACUGCUGACAGGUAUGUCAAUUGCAAAUGUGCCAAGUACCAGCUGCGAGCCAAUCAAGUUCAAAAAGCUGAGGAAACAUGUGGAUUAUUCACUAGGGUGAGUGUCUAAGCUUUCUAACCACAAAAGUCCUUUUUCAGCACACUAACCCUAAAGAGCAACUGGCCUUUGAAUUCUCCUUACAGGGUUCACCCUUGAAUAAAAUGUAAAGGUCUCUCAAAGAGAGGAAAAUGAUUGCUAAUUUACGAAGUUCUUGAUCAUCAACCAAAUUCUCCUCAUCAGUACUAUAGAAAAUGUACAGUAGAGAAAACAUUGGGGGGAAUAUGAAUAUUGAUGUUUUGAUAUAAAGGGAUGAAUAUUGAUAACUUGAUGCAAUUGCACUGGUCACCAAUAAUGUCAAAGAUCAUAAAGGAAAUGGAGUUGAUGAUAAUUUUGUAGCAAUACGGGGCAUGUACAUAUAUCUGUGUGACCAGUCUGUAUUAGUUAAUAAGGUAUUUCUCUUUCUACAAACGAAGGAGCACUCAAGUUUUAAGAUAAUGAUCAAUGCUAUAAACUCUCUCAAGUGCUAAGUUUUUAUGUGAAAUGAAUAAAACAUUGUAACUGUUGUACUGCACUAAAUUGUUUUGUUUCAAAGGAAAAUUUUGGGAAGAAAUCGACAGACAUGUCUUGGUUUGGCCUGCUGUAGACUGUAUGCAUUAUGUCAAGCUUACGUUUUAACCAUCUUGGUAAUCCUGUGGCCACAUUCUCUUUUUUUAAAUUUACAGGAAGGAGUUGGUGCUGCUGAGAACUUGAAUGAAAUGCAAUGUAUGUGGUUCCAAACAGAGAGUGGUUAUGCCCUUCAAAGACAAGGAAAGCUAGGAGAAGCUUUGAAGAAAGCUCAUGAGAUCGAGAGACAUUUUGAUGAAAUUACAGAGGAUCAGUUUGAUUUUCAUACCUACUGUAUGAGGAAAAUGACUCUUAGAGCUUAUGUGAGGUAAGGUUCUUGUCUUUAAGAAUACAAAGCUAACAGGUGGUAUUUAUUUCCAGGAGGUGGUUACAUUGGGUAAUUCAAGAAGAGAUACAUGGGAGGGGAAGGUGCUUUUGAGAUUGGUGGAGUCAAUAACUGGGUCUGAAUGCAUUGGGUAAUCAUGGCAACCCAAGCAAUUUCACAGUAUUAGCCCCAACUAAAUAUAACAGGCAUUUGCCACUGGUAUUUAUUAACCAAACUUGAGGUGGACUUACAAUGUGGCCACAAAGUGAUGACAAUGCACAAAUUGACAACCCUUGAAUAUGUGACUCUUUAGCCUAUGGGUAGUCCCUCCUAUUCGACGAAGUCGGUCAAAAAUAUUCAGCAGAACCAAAGAAUCUAUGUUUGCACAACAGAUUUCACCAUAAAGGAUGGACUUCUCAUGGUCUAAAUUUUUUCCAUGACAGAUUUGCUGAAAUCAUUUAUACCAGAUGGAUGGUAACGUGAAUUUAUCAGACUUAAUAGAGCAGAGGGUCAUAGUGGAUUAAAAAUUAAUUGUUUUAUUUCAGAUUGCUGCGGCUUGAGGACGUUCUUCGAAGCCACCGAUUUUACUUCAAAGCUGCCAUAAUGGCAAUAGAGGUAAAUUUAUAUCCACACACACUGCAGAGAGACUGAAAUUGGCUGAAGUAGAUUUAAAUGUCUUCAUGAACUCGUGAGAGAAAAUCUGACCUAAACAUGCCAGCGCUUGUCAGCAGAGGAGGGACGAUUUUGCAAUUGUCUUGUUUUGGACAAUUUGAAUCUGUUGGCAAAUUUUAGUGUUUUUUUUUCUUUAUUGAUGCUAGUGCAAUCUCUUUGAACUAACAUAUAGAUUUUCUUCUUAAUUUUCUUCUUCAUUACAGUGUUAUGUUCGGCUUCAUGAUAAACCUAUGACUGCAAGUGAUGAAGAUGCUGAAGCAGGGUCCAGUGAGCUCUCAGCCAAAGAUUUGAAGAAACUACGAAGUAAACAAAGAAGAGCGGAGAAAAAAGCCCAGGAAAGCAAGAAGGGUGAGAUUCCAUAGGCCAGGAAGUGCCUGUAUUUACCUCUCAGCUAUGCUACUUUUUUUAAAAAUUUUAAAAUUUUUUUUAUUAUUUAUUUUUAUGGAAAACAAUAAAGGAAGCCAGGCUUUUUGUUACCCUCCAUACGGAAACAUACAGCAGGCAGGAAUGUAGGGUUAUUUAAACAGCAGGCAGGAAUGUAGGGUUAUUUAAACAUUUCUUGUUGCCAGCCGUCCCCCAUUCGAUACUUUAGAUUCCAGUUGGUGAGAAACUAGGAAGUGUUGCUCCCCCUUCCUCCUCCUCCCCCAUGUCAUUCAACCAUGACCGCCUUUCAGCAGGGAAAUGGUAACGGUGGUUUUAGUAUAGUCUAUUCUCUCUCUCUUUCCCCCCCCGAGUCUCGAAACCUCCACGUCACUGCUAUAUCAUGAGACUCAGGCAGAAGGGUGGAAUUACGUGUCAUGACACAUCCAGGAGGAUUAUGUUGGUAAUUUUAGAUUAAUGGUGUGCAUUUCGCACAUUAGAUGCCCUUCAGAACCCCUUCACUACACUGUGCGCGUAUGCUUUCGACACAGGAAAAAUAGGUGUGACCUUUGCAUAGACAAGUUGCCCCACUCUUCGCUAUAUCCUAACGUUAGUGUCUGAUUCAUUUUUUUUUUUCCUUCAGCCACCAAUGACGUAAAAGAAAACAAAGAGAGUGACAAGAAAGCAGAUCCCUUUAAAGAACCUCCGUUGGAAUCAGACGCGUUAGUCAGGGUAAAUAUUGAAAUGAGAAACAUGCCCCAAAUUUCUUAACGGUACAAUGUCUCAGUGUGCCGGGUUGUCGUUUGUGUUCUCACGGUAGUGUACCCUCUUCUCGCCAGGUGACAGAUCCAUUAGAUCAAGCUCUCAAAUUCCUCCGGCCGUUACAAAAUCUGGCGUCAAGUAGAAUAGAAACUCAUUUGUUGGCGUAUGAAGUGUUCAGCAGAAAAGGUACAUUAGUGCUCACACGCAUGUAUGAACUGACUGAAAAUGGUUGCUCUUGUCUUUCUCAGACUAGUCUUUCUUGCAAGUUGAGUUAGACGUACCGUUCGUAGUCUGGUUGAAAUUUUACGACUUUUCAAAAAUCAGAAAGCUCGUUCAAUGAGUAUUUGUAACGAACAGUCAAAACGAUACUGCUUUCUUGUUGAUUUGCAAUCCUCAAGCACUGUUUUCCGGAAAGCUAGUUUUUUUCUUUUUUUUAUUAAUUUUUUUUUUAUGCAAACAUGAAAACCUUACAUUACAGGCAAACUUCUGCUGAUGUUACAGUCUGUUAAACGUGCGCACGCCAUAGAUGCAAACCAUCCCAAGCUCCAUGAACACUUAGUCAAGCUUGCUGUCAAAGGUGAGUGAGAGGCUCAUCAACGUGGACUCCAUGGUCUGUUUGCUAAUUUGUCAGGGCAAGAGGGAAUAUAGGCUUGGAAGGGCAACCUCUCUGCUCCGAAUUUUUACAAAUGUUUAAAUGGACAGUACACGAUACUUUGAGUCUCUUAGCAACAGGGGAUCUCACGAAAACCAGAACGGCGACGGCAAUGAGAAAGUGGCGAAUCAAGAUUCUUAACCCUUUACACCCUAACAUCAGUUUGCAUUUUCUCCUUACGGUCCUCAAUAUAUUUCCUGAUGUACUGAAAAGGAGAAUUUGUUUCACAAUGGAGAGCUUCUCCAGUUGGUGAUCGUUUCCUUUAAUGUCCUGACCUUAACUUGUGAUUUUGGGGUGAUAUUGUGAGGCGAAAUUAGAUCCUUGUCACACUUAACCUAUCGAUUGAUGAACACUUUUUCGUCGAAUUUUACGCAUCAUUGUUUAGUAAUAAUUAACUGUUUUUCCUUUUCCAGUUUCUGAGUCAAAGCACAUGAAGGAGCCUGUGGCAAUUGUAAUAGAACGAGAGUUGAAAACUCUUCUUGACGGAAACGAUAUCAAACAGUUUAAUGCCGAUUUCUUGGAAAAACAUUCUCAUUCCUUGCUCCAUAGAUUUUCAGGUGAAUAAUAAAAAUAAGUUCCAGUUUUGUUUGAAGAACGUACUGUACGUCUUAGGUAACCCUUUUUCACCCCAACAUCAGAAUAAAUAUUCUCCGUACUGUUCUCUAUACAUUUCCCAUGGUGCUGACAAGGACAACGAUCGAGAGCUUCCUCAAUUGGCGAUCAUUUCUUAUAUUCUCUUGACCCUAAUGUUUUGAUUCAGGGGUGAUGUUGUAAGGAGAAGUAAGAUGGCAAUCACACUUGGGUCAAAGGGUGUAGUGACGCGUUUCUCUCCCUCUGUAAACAUGCCAUCACAUCUGAAAGAAUAAGGCUUGUCGCAGGCUUGAUAUGAAGAAUUGUGAUUCGAUCUGUCGCCUCUUUACGAUUUUACUGGGUGGGGGAGGGGUGGUUAAGGGGGAAGCAUUUUAGUUCAAAGCUCCUCUGAGAAACCAAGAGCACUUCUCUGUGAGCUUCAUACUUUUCAAGUUUUUUUUUUAGCUGUGGAAUUGUUAGUCAUCAUGCUAUCAUAGAGUCGACUUUUAGUUUCGUAUCUUGCAAAUGCUGACAUGAUGUACUAAUUUGUUAGUUUGUUUGAUUUUUCAGGGAGCAAGAUGCUGUGUCUUUUGGAUGCUUCUAAGGUAGACGAUGCGCUGGCGCUGGUUACGGACUUAUCUGAUAGUCUAGAAGAUAGGACAUUAGAGGUAAUUUUACACGAAUCUACGUCGAAGACGGCUGGUAGAGGGAGCUUCUUCGCUUUUUCAGUGUUAGCUAACCCUAACCCUCAGACAAAAGUAAACUAACAUAACCCUGGUCCACAGGGAUUCGGUGUAGUGAAAUUCGCUUAAUUUUGUUUUUGUUGUCUUACAGACCUGCACAAUGAUUUACAACGCUCUUUUAGAGGGUACGUUUGGCGAGUGCACUGAUUUGACAAGGGAGUAUUUCCUUAAAUGCAGGACUGUAUUUCCUUUGGCUUCUGUGUUCGCAAAAGACGACGGAGUUGUCGGGAAUGUAAAUGGAAUAGACGGUGUCCAGACUGGCGCAAGCGAGCCGUUAUGCGACGGCGUGGCUUAAGUUGAAUGACGAAACACCUGAGCAAUUUAAACUGCCAUUUUAUGCAGACACGCCCAACGGCCUUUUAAAUGUGUGGAGAAUGGAAGAUGAAAAGUCCAUGAUGUACUUUGUUCAGAGAAUUUUAAGUAUUUUGGUGAAAGAAUGCUGCAAAAUAUGAAAACCACUUCGUUGGGUAGAAACGGGCUACUCAGAAAAAGUGGUCGAAAGUGUUCUUAGAACUUGGAGGAGCUGCUCUAACAAAUGAUUGCAACAAACAUUGUACUAAAUUCUCGCGAGGUGUUACACCUUGACUCUUGUCCCAUGCAGAAACGAUUAACCAGGAACCGAGUUCAACUUAGAUUUUGACGCUGAAAGCUGAAGUUAAAUUGUAAAAAAUCCAAACAUUGUUUCCAUAAGCCUCCUUCGUAGCUUUUCUUUGGUAUGCCAGAAAACUUUGUUUGACAUCUUGUGAACGGCUACGAAGGAGGCGAGAGCUCUUUGAAAUAUUCCGAAAAAAUUACUUAUCACCAUUUGAAUCACAACGCAGCUUAUUUUUAAAAAUAAAUGAACGAUUCACGAUGGAACUAGUUUCGCCAAGCCUAAAGAAAAUAUUGUUAAACAUUUCCAUUUAAGGUCCACUUCAAACGCCAAAGAUUUUAUGAGCUGAAACGUAUGACUGGAAUUUGGAGUAUAGUUAUGUUCGUUUGUCUUAAUUAAGAACGGCUAUUUCCAUAGGAAAUGACAGAGCCGUUUUCGCUGACUUCCUUAGCAAAGUAGAGCCAGAAAAAAGGCACUU